AAACCGACCUAGGUAUCGUAUAACAGGAUGAUUAGAUAUUUAAGGUAGCCAAAGGAACCUCAUUGAACCAAGUAUGUUUUUUACUUCGUACGUCACCACCACAACAUAUUAGAUUUGAGAGCUGAAAAGUCACCACUACUAGCGGUCAGACAUAGAAAGCUAGAAAUUUAUAUCAAGUUAUACUCAAGACAACACCUGCAACAUUUGUUUUCUGCCGAGAACGCCGAGAACGCAGUUAGGCAAAAUGUCGGAUCAACAGGGCGACGGUAACUAUACCAUGGGGUACUCCCAGGCUACCACAGCCAGCCACGUAGCGAGGACUGCCGAGGUGGAUGCGGGUUUUUUGCUUCCACAUCUCAAGCCUACCGACAAAAUCCUGGACGUAGGAUGUGGUCCGGGCACCAUCACUAUCGGCUUUGCGGCAAUCGCCCACGAUGGUGAGGUCGUCGGCAUCGACAUCUCCGAAGAUAUUCUGGGCCAGGCGCGGCAGGUCGCGGCGAAAGCCGGGUCACCCUCGAACCUAUCCUUCCGACACGGCGAUGUCCUCAAGGGCCUCGACUGGAUCCCGGACGGCACAUUUGACGCCGUCUACGCCUCGCAGGUUUUCCCGCAUUUGCCUACCGCAGAGAUGAGGGAGCAAGCACUGAGCGAGAUGCGUCGCGUGCUCAAGAAGGAUGGCAUACUGGCCACACGGACACUGGCGGAUAUGCAGUGGUAUCCGAGGGAACUGGGCCUCAACGAACUUCUUGGCGGGCGCAUGACCAAGGCAUUUGCCACCAGUGAUUAUGUUGGCCCAUGGAUGCCAGCCCUGUACAGAAAAGUUGGCUUUGAAAAGAUCAAGGCUGGGGCAGGAACCCGUGUGAGCGCCACGGAAGAGGAAAGAAGAUGGCUGGUAGGCACAUUUGGCGGUCGUCUGGCACCUGGCGAGACGGUUCGGAAGAGCUGGAUCGAGGCUGGAAUCAGUGAGGAGGAGGUUGACACCACAAGACGUGUCCUGGAAACUUGGGCAAACACCGAGGAUGCAUGGUAUAUUGGCGUCCAGGCGGAUAUUUUGGGAUGGAAAUGAACUAGGUCUAGUUCUAGUUCUAGACUAGAUACCACCUUACCUACCUACCUAGUAGGUAUAGAUACCUGGCAAGGUAGACAUGGUGCCUCGCGUGUCUGCCCUAGAGAAGGCACCUAGGAAUGCGAAAACGCUGCUAAAUAUAACCUAAGGUAAGCAGUGUAUCCAUCCGCGUUGCCAACCUGUAUCUAUCUGCCAUCCCAUUGUGCUGAAGUGUUUUGCCUGCUGCAAAAUCUUGUCCGAGCUAGCUGACUGGCUGGCUGGCUUGGCUGUCAGGUUGUGAUCAAGCGCACGGACCAAUUCAAUUCACUCAAAGCAGUGGGGCUCUCGACUUUUUUUUUCAUUUCUAGAAGCAAAUGAAUCGCCACGG